AUGGCUCCUUUGGAACUGACAGUCGCCGAGAAGUAUCAGAAAGAUUUCAAUGCGACGGUGAGACGAUGGAGUAAGGGCACACGAUUCGCAGAGGUUCGAUGCUUUCAGCGGCCAAAAUUUUUCGAAAUGUUAUCUUCAGAUUUACGAAUUGCCUACGUCAUGUUUCUAUUCUUAUGUAUAUGGUCCAAAAUGGAAUUCCAAACUGGAGAACUCCACCGCGGACCCGCAACUCGCUAAUAAUCUUGUUACAGCAAUCGAAGCGAUUAGUCGUAGGUAAGGCUGUAUCACUAAAGAGAAACACGAGGCGGUGAGGCCAGAUUAAUAUUGCGAAAAGCGACACCGAUGAGCCGGUGUCACAGUAUUCACGCGUGUCGGAAACGCAUUCACGCAAGAGGGGAAGAGAAGAAAGAGAAGGCAGACGGGCGAUCGUGUGAUCAUGGAAGAAGUGACCGGUUGAGAGAUGGUCAGGGACCGUUCGGAAUGAGACCGUAAUGGGUAGAGAGAUCUUAACGCGAGGAUUCUGAACGCCUUCCUCAGUUUUGCUGCCGACUUCUGAAUACUUAUCUAUGGAUCAUUCCCUAGUUAGGAAAAAUAGUUAUUCCCUACAAUUUCAGCCUCGAGAGGUACUCCCGCAUGCAGAGACUCAAGGAGAUGCAUCUGUUCAUCCAGGAUUUCUUGCGCGAAACCAUAAAUGAAUUACUCUGUAAUCACAGAGAUCCAAUUUUCCCGGUCGAAUGGGUCAGUUCGAGUUUGACCAAUGCACUUGUCUAAUAAGUUGUUCAGGCUUUUCCCGAAGAUGAUUUCUGUUUCGAGUUUCCCAUCAGCGAGAAGAAUAAAGUAGGCAUCAACGUGAUGUGCCCUCAGGUACAGAUUUUGGGUGAGUUGAACUGAUUUUCCGGAUAAAUCGCAUUCAAUUGAUUACAGUUAUCGAAAAUAUCAAAAUUGGAUUCUCGAGUUCAAUGGUCGGAAAAUGUUUUCCGUCGGAAAUAAUACUCAAUACCAAUGAGUCCUACUUUCACAGUGUUCAUCGGCUCUUCCGUAAUAUUGUGCAUGAUUCCGUCUGGUACUUGGAAAGCCCGAAGAGAUCAAGAAAAUCAUAUUUAUAUUUCAGUGAAUUGACAGACAAAUGCAAAGUAUACAUUCCAAAGGAUGAAGAGCAAGAUGUUGUGGAAUGGUUGAAAAACGAGAAAGAGGCCAGAGAGAACGAAAUUUACGCUAGAAUGGAUCAGGAUUAUGAUGAGCGAGAUACGAAAGAGCAGAAGGAACUCAAUGCGAGACAAGAAAAAAUGAAGCGACUCCGGCUGGGAACACUUUGCAAUAACCAUAACGUUCCCGAUGAGAUUCCAUACCCGGAAGAGCCCGUUAGAGAAGAAAUUAAGUCGCCCGAAGAAAACCCCGAACUGAUUACCCUCAGCGAUAAUGGUAACGUUGAGCACAACGUCGAGGACAACAUUGAUGACUUUGUCGAUGAGGACGAGAUUGAUAUGAGUAAUGAAGAUCCAGCGGAAGUAGAAAUUCCACCAGUCGAAAAUAGUCGGGAAAUGGAAACAGAUUUCAAUGGGCUCAACAAAAUUCUUCAUGACGUCGAGGUAGCUCAGUCUCAGUCUACUGACCCGUCGGAUGACUUUGAGGUGGACAAACGCAAGAGAUGCUCCGAUUCUGCCGACCCAUUCCCCGAAAGGAUUGCCACAAAGAAAAGACGAUCUGUCGGGAGCAUGUGCUCCGCGAAUACCUCAGCAUCAACCUCAGCUCACUCCUCACCAGUUGAUCAGGAAUCCGAUGACGCACUCAUUGAAGAAUCGAACUCGCAUUCGUCGACCCAGACAGAGGAAGCCGUGCAGGUCUCUCCAAGAAACGAGAACGAGGUGAAUGAAGAGCCGAGUGACAGCCAACCUUCCGAAGAUAUUCUGCCCACUAUUGAUGAGGUCGAACACUUCGAUUCUCCCGAGUUGCAGAGACCACCACCACAACCGUCCUCAUUCCCUGCAACUUCUGCGAGCUCUUCCACAGUCGAAGGCGAUCAUUCGAAAAGCGAUGAGAUCGUCGAAAAACCGUCGAUCUGCUUUCAACUAAACUCUCGUCUGAUCCAGAAAACGACAAUCGCGGCGUUUAGAGGAGAGAAGCCGAUCGAUACCAACAUCAAGAGAAAGGAAGUUGAGAAGAAAACGAGAGAGCGAACGCCGAAUCCUACUUCUGGACACUCGAAAAGAAUGAUCCCUCCCCCGGUGGCUCCGAAGAUCGAAACGACACUUGCGUACAAUUCCUCCCGACCGCUGCACUUCAUUGUACGGAAGAACAAAGUGUUGCACAGGACGUGGAAUGAAGUGACGACAAAAAAGCAAUGGAAGAAGAUGUUCAUGAGCAAGUCCGAGAUGAGCAAUGUGAAGCUCGACCUAGUGGAGCGCAUCUCGAGCAGACUGGUCUCCAACCGGAUGGCCUUGGACAGAACGAAGAUCGAGUGAGUUCAAAAGUAUUGGCCGCUCAUAAUUUUCCUUUUUAUUUUUCAGACGUGACGCUCAAAGAUCGUUCCGGAAAAACACGGAGAUUCCGAUCGAGAAAGUGAACGAAUUCGUCAAGAGACACAUCGUCGCACUUUUCACGAUCAGCGGCUGCAAUGAGAAGAUUGUGAUCCCUGAGCAAUGGGUAAGCUCGGCGAGUUCUUCUCGAAAGAUCUAAAGAGUUCUGCUUUCAGGCUGUGUUCGAUCCGAAGGCCAAACUGUUCGUCAGUGCGGGAGACAAGCACGCAGACGUGGGGAAGACUCGCUGCUUUCUCGGCGGCCAACUCUACGAGUUGCUGCAACCCUCCAGCAAAAAGAAGGCUGGACUCAGCAAAUCGGCUAAAACGAUUCUGGACGACUUCAAGGAGGCGAGCAGCAAAUUGGUGGCGGACCUCGUCAGAACGGUCUUCGACGUGAGAAUGGACUCUCAAGAACACGUUUCAUUCUACUUCAAUGGUAAGUUCGACUACCGACCACCCUACAAAAUUGACUAA